CCCGGGCCCCCGGCGGGCAGGGAGGGCGCGCUGCAGCCGGUCGGGCGCUGCGAGGAGCGGAGGCCGCGGGAGCCCAGACAGAAUGGCCCCUGCCAACCAGCCGAAGGAAAAGAAACACAUGAAGGCUCAUGAGCAUCAGCCAGAGGAAGAGGCAAAGUCAGCUGAGAAAAGGAAACGAGGAUCUGGCGAACUAGAAAAUGAGCCACAAGCAAAGAGACUGUUUGUGAGAAAAGCUUUGAAACCCACAGAGAAAACAGGCUGGGCUAAAGGUGGCUCCACGAUCAGAAACAUGGGGGUGCUUUUCCAUCAGCUGAAGCAGCAGUACAGCAUCAUCCAUUACAUCUACCAGAACAUGCUGGGUGGCUCUAUCCGGGCACAGCUCAGACAGUGUCUCCAGCUGCCCUUCCUGCGUUCUCUCACCUCAUACCGCCUCUUCCGAACAGCAAGCCCCUUUGACAGGAGAGUGACAUGUCUGGAAUGGCAUCCAACACACCCCAGUACUGUGGCUGUGGGCUCCAAAGGUGGAGAUAUCAUUCUUUGGGACUAUGAAGUACUUAACAAAACCUGCUUCAUAAAGGGGAUGGGAGCUGGAGGGGCCAUCACAGGAAUGAAGUUUAACCCUUUUAACCCUAGUCAGCUGUACACAUCGUCAAUUGCCGGCACUACCACCCUGCAGGAUUUUAAUGGCAGUACGCUCCGGGUCUUCACCAGCACCGAGGACUGGGAUUUCUGGUAUUGCAGUGUUGAUGUGUCUGCAAGCUGCCGGUCUGUGGUGACAGGUGAUAACGUGGGUAACGUGGUCCUGCUCAGCACUGGUGGUGAUGAGAUUUGGAAGCUGAAAUUACACAAAAAGAAAGUAACUCAUGUGGAGUUUAACUCUCGCUGCGAUUGGCUCUUAGCCACAGCCUCUGUGGACCAGACAGUCAAAAUCUGGGACCUCAGGAACAUCAAAGACAAGACAAGUUUCCUUCAUGUGCUUCCUCAUGACAAACCUGUCAAUGCUGCUUACUUCAGCCCAACAGAUGGUGCCAAACUCUUGAGCACAGACCAACACAGUGAAAUCAGAGUCUACUCCUCUUCAGAUUGGACCAAACCACAGCACCUGAUCCCACAUCCACAUCGGCAGUUCCAGCACCUCACACCAAUCAAGGCAACGUGGCAUCCUCGUUAUGACCUCAUUGUGGCAGGUCGUUACCCAGACCCCAAGUUCCCCAGCUACACUGUGGAUGAACUGCGAACUGUUGAUAUAUUUGAUGGAAACACUGGGGAGAUGGUGUGCCAGCUCCAUGACCCCAAUGCUUCUGGCAUUAUUUCACUUAAUAAGUUUAAUCCUAUGGGAGACACACUGGCCUCUGGCAUGGGUUUUAAUAUUUUGAUCUGGAGUCGGGAGGAGAUGGUGGCCAAGAAGCAGGAACACCUCUUGAAAGCCAUGACAGAGCAGGGGAUUGGAGGCAGGAGCUCCUCCAAACGUGGGGGGCAGAGACAACCAAAUCAAGGAAAAAGCAAACUCAAAGCCAAGCUGCUUGCUCAGGAACUGGAAGAGACUAAAACAAAGGGCAAAAAUACCAAAUCACAGGGCAGAAAGCAGAAGAAGGAUCUAGAGGAUUGAUCAGAUAAAGCUGUUACUGACACAGUGAGCAAGAGUGCCCUGCAGGUACUAGCUUUCUGCUAUGUCCUUCCUCCCUGAGUGCUACGUUGCUUCCCUUAUUCUCUCAUUUCCCCCUUGAAGGGAUGGUGUCACUGCCCAGCUUCUCCUGUAGAGGGCAUGACACACACACUUUUAUCACUUCUAUCAAGCAUUGUAGGAGCCAGAACAUCAUGCUGUAUGCUAGCAUUCAUUGCAGGAACCAGAAAAGAGCAUUCUUGUACUUAUGCUUGAGGCCUACUCUUUACCAGUCUUGCAGAAUGUGAGGCCAAUGUGGAACGGCCAGGGCUGAGAUGUGGCCCUGCUAAUGCUGUAGUUCAUGUUUUCAGAGUUUUAGUUGCUUUGUUCAUUCCAGUUCUUCCAAAUGUGGGGCUAAAUGUUCCCAAAACAGAACCUGAGGAUUCUCUUCCCACAUCCUUUCUCUUAGUCCCACACCUCAGGGCUGCUGUCAACCUGAAAGAUUUUAAGGUUUAAAGUUUGUGUUUACAAAGCUGCCAAGGGACAGUGUGUACCCCCAAAGACUGCUGGCUGUGGCCCUGGCUUGGGCCCUGCUGGGAUUUUUUGUUCAUAAUAUUGAAGAAUUAAUAAACAUUUUGUACCAUA